AGCUGAGCAGCAGUUAACGAUCGGGACCCGCGCAAAGGGAAGGGAAAGGGGGGAAGAGACAGUGGAGUCUUGGGAUCACUUCAGCCAGCGGUAUAAAGUAAUCAGAAACGAGCCACUACUGUGUGCAGGUAUCUCCCACCUACCGGGAUAGAGCUCAGCGACAGCGGGCAACUCUCUCCGGAAACAUCCAGCCUGACAGGGAUUUGCCUGUCGUCCCGUUUCCUCAGUCGGUUGCAGGAUGCCGUUGGCACAAUUAGCUGGUCCUUGGCCCAAAGUGGACCUGGUUCACCUAGAGACCGAGAAUGGGCAUGGAACUUCAGAAGAAACAACAGAUCCUCCAGUGCAGGCAAAAUCAGAAAUCACAUGGAUAGAGAAGGACUUUGUCUCUUUAAAGUGUAAGGAUGAAGGAAAUGUAAAAGAGAUCAACAUCACACAUCACGUGAAAGAGGGGUCAGAGAAAGCAGAUCCAUCUCACUUUGAGUUGUUGAAAGUACUUGGUCAGGGAUCCUUUGGAAAGGUGUUUCUGGUGAGAAAGAUCAAAGCACCUGAUGCAGGUCAGCUCUAUGCUAUGAAGGUUUUGAAGAAAGCCACAUUGAAAGUUCGGGAUCGUGUCCGGACUAAAUUGGAACGAGACAUCUUGGUGGAUGUAAAUCAUCCAUUCAUAGUGAAGCUGCAUUAUGCUUUUCAGACUGAAGGAAAACUGUACCUUAUCUUGGACUUCCUUAGAGGAGGUGAUCUUUUCACCCGACUAUCUAAAGAGGUAAUGUUCACAGAAGAAGAUGUUAAGAUAUAUUUGGCAGAGUUGGCUUUAGCCUUGGACCAUCUUCACAGUUUUGGAAUCAUCUACAGAGACCUGAAACCAGAAAAUAUUCUACUGGAUGAAGAAGGGCACAUAAAGUUGACUGAUUUUGGAUUGAGCAAGGAAGCUGUUGACCAUGAGAAGAAGGCCUAUUCAUUUUGUGGAACUGUUGAGUAUAUGGCUCCUGAGGUGGUUAAUCGACGUGGCCAUACACUUAGUGCUGACUGGUGGUCUUAUGGUGUUUUAAUGUUUGAGAUGUUGACUGGUUCCCUGCCAUUCCAAGGGAAGGAUAGAAAAGAGACGAUGACACUCAUUUUAAAGGCUAAAUUGGGAAUGCCUCAAUUCUUGAGUCCUGAAGCCCAAAGUUUGUUACGAGCACUUUUCAAGAGAAAUCCUGCCAACAGACUAGGAGCUGGUGUGGAUGGUGUAGAGGAAAUCAAGCGUCAACUAUUCUUCACAAACAUAGAUUGGAAUAAACUCUACCGAAGGGAACUGAAGCCACCAUUCAAACCAGCUGUGGCCAGGCCAGAUGAUACCUUUUAUUUUGACCCUGAGUUUACAGAACGGACACCUAAAGAUUCUCCUGGUGUUCCUCCAAGUGCCAGUGCUCACAAGUUAUUCCGAGGAUUCAGUUUUGUGGCAACAGGAAUUGAAGAGGAGGCAAUUAAGGCUGAACAUUCCAAAAUGGUCAUUCACCCUGUGUUGCAGCAGCUUCAUGGGAACAAUAUGAACUUUACUGAUGGUUAUGAGCUAAAGGAGGAUAUUGGUGUAGGCUCAUAUUCUGUCUGUAAACGUUGCAUUCACAAGACCACAAACAUGGAGUACGCUGUCAAGAUUAUUGAAAAGAGUAAGAGAGAUCCCUCUGAAGAGGUUGAAAUCCUGUUGCGGUAUGGGCAGCAUCCAAACAUCAUUACACUGAAAGAUGUCUACAAUGAUAGUAAAUAUAUCUACCUGGUGACGGAGCUAAUGAGAGGUGGUGAAUUACUGGACAAAAUACUGCAGAAGGGUUUCUCUGAGAGGGAGGCAAGUGCCCUUCUUCAUACAAUUGCCAAAACAGUGGAAUAUCUACAUUCUCAAGGGGUUGUUCACAGAGAUUUGAAACCAAGCAACAUCUUGUAUGUAGAUGAGUCAAGUAACCCUGAGUCAAUCCGAAUCUGUGACUUUGGUUUUGCUAAACAGCUGAGGGCUGACAAUGGACUCUUAAUGACUCCCUGCUAUACAGCCAACUUUGUUGCUCCAGAGGUUCUCAAACGUCAAGGAUAUGAUGAAGGCUGUGAUAUAUGGAGUCUGGGUGUUUUACUUUACACCAUGUUGGCCGGAUAUACUCCUUUUGCUAAUGGUCCCGAUGACACGCCAAGUGAGAUUCUGGCUAGGAUUGGGAGCGGACACUAUACUCUCCAGGGUGGAAAUUGGGACAAGGCCUCUUCUGCUGCAAAGGACCUUGUCUCCAAGAUGUUGCAUGUUGAUCCACACCGACGUUUAACAGCAAAGCAAGUUUUGAAACAUCAGUGGAUUGUAAACAGAGAUCAGCUUCCACAAAGCCAGCUGACCCGCCAGGAUGUCCACCUUAUUAAGGGAGCAAUGGCUGCCACCUUCUCAGCCUUGAACAGCUCCCCGCCAGCACCAAAACUGGAAUCUGUGAAGGCAUCAACUUUAGCUCAACGCAGAGAACUUAAAAAGCUGCCGUCCACCUCUCUGUAACUCAGCAUCUGUUUGUGGCUUAUCACAGGCAGUGCAAGAUCCAGGGAAGCCCAAGUUAUGUGCACAGUCACAGAGACUGUUCUUCCCUCAAGAUGUGGCAGUUGAGAGGAGAGUUAGUUGGCUGUUGAAUCUUUGGGAUAAUAUUGCAGUUCUUGAGAGAUAAAAAUAAGGAAAAUGAACUAAGGGAAAAUUGCUUUUUAUCAUGUUAAAUAGCUUUUACUGUACAAUUCUGCGGUAGUAACUUCACUUUGCCAGACUUGUUUUCAGUGGAGAGUAUCUUGCAGCAACCAAACAACUCUGAAUUCUGUUUGAGUAUUUCUUAUUCCUUUAAAAUUUACUUUUAAGUACCUGUAAGAAAACAAUACUUUGUUUUUUGAACUACAGUUGUAAGCACAGUCUGAGUACAAAUUGUAUUUGAAUCAUGAAGAGCAAAAUGAUGUGGAAUUACAGAACUAAUCAGAUCAAAGGCCCAGGUUGAAGUUAGGCUGCAAUAUUCUCAAGAAUUUUGAAGAUUUAAAACAUCUGAUAAUAUGUUAAAGCUCACUGUUGUUCAUGCUGUUUGGCGAAUAAGAGAAUUGGGAGAAUACUACCUUUCCCUUUCAAGCAUUUAGAUUUAUUGAAUCAUAGUUCUCGCAGUACUACGCUGUAAAGAUUUCGAUCAGACGCUGAGUGUAUCACUGUUUAAAGAUGUGCUCAGUGAUGCUUCAAUUCCUUGCCCCAUGGGCUUAGUUAUCAUGGCAUAAAUGCAAUUAUAAAUGAACAAAUGCCUUGUAAUAACUUAGUUUACAGUACCCAACAGCAGAUCAAGUCAUAUGAUUAGAUGUGCAUUAAGAAACUAUCCAGAAAGUGUGAACAUCUGGAAUUAUUGUGUCUCUGGCUUGUGACAUGUCUGUGGAUUUAAACAACUAAAAUGAAAGUGUUAUAAAUGUAACAAUGCUUGUUUAAAAGAGCAACAAUCUUAGUAAGUAACAAAAAUGUCAAAUUUAACUGAAGAACUUUCAUCAUGACUGAACUAGCUAUCAUUGAUACGCAAGAAUCUUCAGCAGCAGAAGGACUGUAUUCCACUCCAUCUCUCAUCUUGCCAUUACCAUUAGCUGCAUUUGGUUUAGUGAGGAUGGUACAGCAUUUUAGACGCAUCACCAGACGUUUUUAAAUUCAAGGUAUCAAAUUACUAUAACAAUAAUACAGGACUUCAAACCAAGUAAACAAUGGGUAAGCAUCCUAAUGAUAUCGUUGAAUGUUCCCAGAAACAAUGGAUCAGAUCAAGGUUCUACAGUCCUGUCACAUCAAAUCAUAAAUCGUGAUAGCUAAUGAUACAGAAGAGACUCCAUGAACAUCCUCAUUUAGAACAAUAGUAGAGCCCAACAUGCCAAUGCAAAAGGCAGCUGAUGCAUCUUCAGCCAAAUGUAUUGAUUGGAUGAUCCACUUCAAUCUCCCACUCAGGUGUCCAUCACUGAAGACGCCAUCUUUAGCCAAUUGAUUUCAGUCUACAUGAUAGCAAAUGGAUUAGUGUUGUGAAUGCAACAAAGACCAUGGGCAUAACAACAUCCAGCUGCAAGACUGACAACUGUGUUCCAGAUCUAGCUGUGUCCUUAGGCAAUCUGCUUUCGUACAGUUAUGACACUAGACCUAAGUAUGCAGAAAAUUAUCUGGGAAUAUUCUGUUCACAAAAUAAAGAACAAAUAACAAUUCAACCAAUUACAUUCCCAGCAUUUAUUCUCAAUCAUCCGUGAAGUAGUUGAAGAUAUUUGUCUGACAUAGUUGUUUUGUGUCAUUUACUCACCAAUAUUCAAUUUGUGUUCCAUUAGAUCUACUAUGUUCAAAAUUGCAUUCUAGCCUCAAUCCAACAUGGGCAAAAGAGCGAAUUCCAGGGGUAGCAUGUAUCUAUGCUUGAAUACAAGGCAGCAUUUGACUGAGUGUUUUAUCAAGGAACCCAAGUAAAUUGAAGUCAAUUUGAAACAGGGAAAUCUCUCCUCUGACUGAAAUCAUGCCUUGCACAAAGAAAGAUGUUUGUAAUUCAUGGAAACAAAUCAUCUUAGCAAAAGAAAAUCAUUGCUGUAGUUCCUCAAGGCUCAACCAUUCUCAGUGGCUUAAUUAAUGAUCUUCAGUUCAAAAUAAGGAUAGAAUUUCACUGAUGAUUGCACAAUACUUAUACCUGUAUAUAGGUUCUCAAAUAAUGAAGUAGUGUUUGCCCACAUGCAGCAGUGUCUGACAGCUUUCAGGUUGAGCUAAUAAGUGGCAAGCAACGUUGAACCACACAAGUGGCAGGCAGUGAGUGUCUCCAACAAGAGAGAUUCUCACCACCUUACAAUUUAAUGCUAUUACAUUUAUUACCAUCACUAGAUAUCCCCCCACCACCAUCCAUGAGUUUUCAUUUACCCAAACAACUGGCAGCUAGGAUUUCUACUACUGCCUCAUUGCCAUCCUAUCCAUCUUUAUAAUCACUAUCUCCAUCAUUGGAUGUACCAUAGCAACAACAUACUGUCUACAAGUUGCUGUGCAGCAACUCACCAAGGCUUUUUCAACAUCACUUCAUAAACCUCUAAAGUAGAUGGAGAAGCAAAGAGGCAUAUGUGAACAUUGGCAACUGCAGGUCCUCCCCCACCAACUUCCCAAAGUAACAUCAUCACCAUCUCAAAACCCAAAACUUCAGGAAUGUCUGAUACAAAUCUGCAUUGCCAAUAAUUUUAAAUCAAAUGGUUGACAUUAUUUUACUACAUAGGAUAACUGAUUGCAAGAGUAACUAACAAGUAAUACUGAUGGGCAAUAGAAGCUAAAAACUGAGCACCAGGUUUUAGUCUGGUACCCAUGUAGGAAUGGCUACACUUAAAGAAAAAAUUAAGAAACCUGAAAUCUUGCCAUGCAUUGCAGUCCCUGCAUAAUUUUAUCUGGCCUUUUUGUGGGUCAGCAGUGCCUAGACAUUGACUGCCAUCACCCCACUCCCCUACCCACACCAACCCUUCCACACAAGGUGGUAAAUGAGGAACAAGUUUUGAAUUUUUCUCCAUACACCAUUUUCACCUGAUGUUGCAGCAUUUUAACAACCCACUUAAAGCAGUCCUGAUUUGACAGUUGUGAAGAGUCUGGAACUUUCGGGAAGGUAAAUUCAUGGUUUCACAGUCCAAGUGCUAAUGUAUUGCAGAUGUGUUUUCAUGCAGCUAUUCAUCAGAAAAAAGUGUAUUUUAAAAAUUAACUUGAUCAACUGUAUAUUUUUCACAUGCAUUAUAUACUUUUCCAAUGAAAAAAGCACAAAAAUGCUGUGAACAACAUUAUUGCAUGCCCUGUCAAGCUGUGUUAUCAUCUAUUUUACUAUGUUUUGAUAUUUGACAAAAAGAACUAACUACCUGCUCUCUUGCAUUGAUUGACUGACCCACUGCAUUGGAAUUGAAGAGAAUAGCUUCUUUACUUUCCAAUGAGAAGGUAUUGUUUGAACAGCCAUAGCCAUUAUCAAUGCAAGAUUCAGCCUCAAGUGCUAAUGAAUUUUAGCAUAGGUGUUCCAGUCUUGAGAAUAAAUGAUCACUUCAAGAAACUGAACGAGUAUGUUCCAUUGGUGUGAUUUCUAUUGUUUUUGACUCGUCACAGGAUUACAAGAAUACACGGUUUGAUUUUGCAAUUUGUUUUCUAAAUAUCAGUAAUAUGGGGCUUAUAGUAUUUUGUAAGUUUUUUUUCUUCCCUAAAGACUGCAUAAUAUUUUCUAUUGACAUUGCAUAGAAUCUAAGGACUGUAAAUUGUGCAUAUCAGAUGACUGAGUAUAGAGGGUACCCCAUGGGGGAUAUGAGGCAGGAUGGGCUGGCAUGAGAAUUGGCUGAGAAAAUUGAAGGAUGAGAUUUAGAGGGCCUUUAAAGAUUAUUGGAAGCUGGGAUACAAUGUUGGAGAACUGAAGCAGGCAUUCUAAUUAUCCAGGAGGAGAAAGUGAGGACUGCAGAUGCUGGAGAUAGAGCUGAAAAUGUGUUGCUGGAAAAGCGCAGCAGGUCUGGCAGCAUCCAAAGAGCAGGAGAAUCGGCGUUUCGGGCAUGACCCUUCUUCAGGAUUUUCCUGCUGCGCUAAUCCACCAACACAUUUUCAGCUCAUUCUAAUUAUCCACCUCUAUACCCAUAGUCCUCUCACACUCCAAUGUAGCUCAUAAACAGUGUUGUUAACGUAACACCUGUGAAAGACAGAAAUGAUAUGUAAAGUCACACAUGGGUCAGUCAUGCAGUUUGCAAGUUGUACAAGUCACAGAUUGAAAUUUUUCAAGACCAGAGAAUUAUUCGACUUUUAGUUAUAGGAGAUUAAUAUUGAAGCAUGCCUAAUUGUUACUGCUUUUGCUCACAGCCCUAGAUAGAGUAUACAAUUUAAAAUCUGUGAGUCUGUAAAUAUUUAGAUUAAAGCCAAAAGCAUUUUAGAUCACAAAGUUCUAGGCAACUCAACCUACUGUUUGACAAUGUGCUCAAUGAAAUAAUAGAUAUGUAUAUACUCCAAGCACUGAUCCAUUCAUAACAAAUAUGUCUCAGAGUAGCACUGUUUCAGGAAAUUGAUUAAUAAACUCAUAAUAAGUUACAGUUCAAAUUCUAUUAAUAAGCACCUCUGAGGUAAUUAAUAUUUGGUGAGUUUUUGGAGUUGCUUGUUAUUAUAAUUUGAUAGAGCAAACUGAUUGUAAAGUCGCAUUCAUAGGAGAAAAAUAUCUUUUGUCUAGCUAUUUCAUUUAAACAGUCUCUUUCUAUUGACUUAUACCCAAAUGGCUCUGUGACUUGUGUGUCCUGUCACGUUAUAUAUUGGCCAUUAAAGCUGCUUUGCCAAAGAGACAAUAUUCUCACCCUCGACUCAGUGCUGCCUGAGAGCUAUUAACAUUUUGAGGAUGACUAUAAAUCGGUAACCUUAUUUUGUCCCCACUUCUGUUUACUGCUGCAAUAUUUUGUUACAAAUGACCCACAUAAGAAAGUAAGUGCUAGAAAGCUAGACCGUGGGCUUGAAAUCCUUUCCAACAGAGAAAGGCAGAUGAAGGGGAGAUGGGCUCCAUGUUUUAAUGCUGGAAACCUCUGAUAAGAUUAGGCUAGUUAUUAGUUUUUGUUUGCAGUUGGACCUGCAGGGAGAAUGCCAGAACUUUGAGUUCAUUGUAACCAAAAUAAAAGUGGUAUGCAUCUCCCAAAAUCAGAUAUCUUGUUGAAUAAAUUUGAGCUUCUAGCUGUGGGCUGACAUAGUGGCUUUUAUGACAAGGGUAGGAACAAAGAGACCCGGGUUCAAUUCCCGACUCAGGCGACUGACUGUGUGGAGUUUGCACGUUCUCCCCGUGUCAGCGUGGGUUUCCUCCGGGUGCUCCGGUUUCCUCCCACAGUCCAAAGAUGUGCGGGUCAGGUGAAUUGGCCAUGCUAAAUUGCCCGUAGUGUUAGGUAAGGGGUAAAUGUAGGGGUAUGGGUGGGUUUCGCUUCGGCGGGUCGGUGUGGACUUGUUGGGCUGAAGGGCCUGUUUCCACACUGUAAGUCUAAUCUAAUCUAAAAAAAAAGAGGCAAUAUAAUUUUGUGAGGCAAUAGGCCAAAUUUAAAUGCUUGAGUUGGAUGAUGGUUUACAAUAAACAAAUGCUUUGACUACAUACUGUCUUUAUGUAUAGAUCUUCUAGUAAUGAAGUUAGCCUGUUUUAGUCAGGGACUUUUAUUCAAUGCAAAUAUUUUUUCAAACUUGAAGUGUCAGCUGGUUUGAAUGAGCUUGAAUUUAGGAGAUGCCAUCAAGUGGUCUACACCACUUCACAGAGCCCAAUAUGGGCAAGUAGUUGAUUCAAAUUUUGGAGUAGUUUUUUCGAAAAUUUCCCAGUUGUAAAAUUAAUUGGUGUCCACAUUUAAUGAAAGAACCUCUGGCCAUAAAAUUAGAAUUUUUGUUUCAAUACAAAGGCAUAAUAAACAGUCAACUUACAAUGAAUAGGAGGAAAAACUUUUUAUAUGGUUACAAAUAUUUUUAUUAGACUACCAGUUAACGGGGGCAACAAUAUUGAAAUGAAGAAAAAUACAAUUUGUUGCCACAAUGAGACAAUGUACUUUAAGAGAUGAGCAUUGAUAGGCUGUGGCCCGUUUUCGCUUUCACUUUAAAUUAUUGAGUACUCUUCCAAAAUCCUCAAAUGCAAAGCAAUGCUUACCUCAGACAGAAUGCAUUCUAUCAUAAUCUAGUCAUAUAGGAUCAAGUUGAAAACAUUUUUGUUCUUGUACUUGUAUUUGGAAAAUUAUAUUGAAGCUAAUCCUAAUUGCAUCUAAAGUUACUGGUACCUGCCAAGAUUACAGAUACUUGAAUAGGGUGAAACUGUACAAGUUACAUCCUAGCUUAAUCAGAAAUGCUAUGUUGAACUACACUUUACACAUAAAAAAUCCUUACUGUUGUGCUUGUCCCUCAAGUUGAUUAAUUUAUAACCCUUGUUGUAUUCUCUUACAAACAGAUUCUGAUUCUGGAUUCUACUUGGUGUUACUAUGGUUAAUUAAUGCUGUUGGAUUUCCAGUUGCAUAAUUACUGUUUCCUGUACAAAUUAUUACUGUCCUCAUUAGUGAUUUUUUUUAAAAUGUACUCACAAUUUUCUUUGCUUUGAUGAAUGAACAAUUUGUAA